AAAUCAAAAGUUUAAACACAAAUAAAUAAUGACCACCCAACUCACUUAUUUCAACAACUUCAGAAACGAGAAUGGAAACAACUGGUUCUCAAAUGAAUACGACUUUGAGAGCAACCAAUUCCCAAAUCUUGCCCAAAACGAAAUGUAUUUCUGCUUCGAAUCAAAGCCAAUUGUUCAGAAUGAGAUGAAGCCAUCCAUCCCUGAAACACCUCUUGCUGACUACGAGUAUGCCCAAGACUGCUACAAAACUGAGAAGUGGGACAUCACUUCUAUGAAAUGCGAGAAUGAAGAGCCAGCCAAGAUCCGUUACGAACACCACAGCCAAGAAGGAACUAACAGCACUCUUGAAGUCGAUACUAGUUCUGAAAAAUCCCUAAAGAAAGGAUAUGAGGACCUCUUCUUGAUGGUUGAGGACAAGCACCUGUACAAAAUUGGUAAUGAAAAUGACUCAUUGACCACCUCUAACAACAAGGACUUGGUCAACCUCGACAAGAUCAUCUCUGACAAAGAAACUGACUUGAAUAACUUUAUUGAAGAUAUGCUCAAGAACUGUCCUUGUGACAACCUCAUUAAAAAGCAAAGAAUCUACAAAGCUAAAAAUAUUAAGAGAAAGAGAAAGACUAAGACUCAGAUUAAAACUCUCGAAAAGGAGCUCCAAAGGAACCCAACUUGGCUCAAAGAUGACUUUAAAAGGCUCUCUGAAGAACUGAGCUUGAACAGAGACCAAGUGUACAAAUGGUACUGGGACCAAAAGAAAAAGAGUGACUUCUAAAUCUCUUCUCUAAGAAGUUGCCACCUUUCGAAGCGAUAGCUUCUCUAAUAUAUUAUUUUAAUUAACUAAUAUU